CAAAUACAUGACAUGUCAAUAAAAUAUCAUGCAAAAUACUAAGACAAGACCAUUAGUUUUUAGAUUUUGUUUCAUGAAAGUAAUUCAGUACCUGUUCAGAGCAAUAAUUACAAUGAUGAAGAAUGUGUCAAUGGUGUCUGGCCAACUUAGUUCAGUAGAUUCUAAGAAUAAUGGCAACAGCUACAAUCUCGUAUUUCCAGCUUUGCCAGUUUCGAAGACAUCGGACACAAUCCGGACUGUACCAUUUAAAAAACGGAGUAAUGUUAAAUCUUCAACGGUGAACGAAAUAAUUACAUACCUGCCCAAGAAAAAAAAUUGGGACAGGAAUAAUCAAUUAGAGCAAGAAAAAUGUAAAGAAGUAUAUAAAAAAAUUGGGAUUGAAUAUAAUGUAGGAAUGGAGAUUUUUACUUCAAAAAUCAUGGACCUGACAUUACUAGUCAGCGGUAAUAGAGUUAAUAUUGAAGAGCAAAACAAAAGAUUAUCGCAAGCGACCAAACACAAAUUAAAACUACUACUACACAGUUUCCAAAAGAACAUCGAAGUAAAUUAUUGGGCAAACAAGGACUUAAUCUUAAAAGUAUUGAAAAACGUACAGGAACACAUGUUCAAAUACCGUGUAUGAAAAAUUCAUCUGACAUAAUUUAUAUUACUGGAACAAAGGAUUCCACGAAAAAAUUAGUUCAAGAAUUGGAGAAAAUUAUAUUUAAGUUGAAAAAUAAAUAACAAUUGAUCAACGUCACCAUGGAGCGAUAAUUGGAGUUAAGGGUGAAAAAUUUCGAGAACUUCAGAAAAUAUUUCAUGUUCAAAUUAUAUUCCCCAGUCCAGGGAGACAUAAUAACAAAGGAAAUGGUGUUGGG